AUGGAUACUGCAGCAUACUACUCCUACGACAAUAUAGUACCCAACUUUAGGUUGGAUGGCCGUUUAGCUAUCUUGACUGGAGGUCUGGGUGGUUUGGCCGCUGUGGUGGCAAGAGCCUUAUUAGCACAAGGUGCAGAUGUUGCAUUGGUUGAUAUCAGUCUACCAAAAACCGAAGAGGCUGCCAAGGAAGUUCUCCUUUGGGGUGAACAAGAACUCAAAGGCAAACACGAAUCACCAAUUGGCCAAGUUUCUGCAUGGGCAUGUAAUAUUGGUGAUGCUGAAUCGGUUGAGUCAACCUUCAAAUCAAUCAAUGAACAACACGGUAAAAUUGCCGAUCUUCUCAUAAACAGUGCUGGUUAUGCUGAAAAUUUCCCAGCUGAAGAAUACCCAGCCAAGAAUGCCGAGUCUAUUAUGAAGGUGAAUGGGUUGGGUGCUUUCUACGUUUCACAAGCAUUUGCCAGACCAUUGAUUGCUGCCAACAGAAAGGGUUCCAUCAUACUUAUCGGUUCUAUGUCGGGGACUAUUGUCAAUGACCCACAACCACAAUGUAUGUACAACAUGUCAAAAGCCGGUGUUAUCCACUUGGUAAGGUCGUUGGCUUGUGAAUGGGCCAAAUACAACAUCAGAGUUAACACAUUGAGUCCGGGAUACAUUUUGACUCCAUUGACGAGAAAUGUCAUUGCUGGUCAUGGUGAAAUGAAGGCUGAAUGGGAAAGCAAGAUUCCAAUGAAGAGGAUGGCUGAGCCAAAGGAGUUUGUUGGAUCUAUCUUGUACUUGGCUUCAGAUUCAGCUUCCUCUUAUACCACCGGCCAUAAUUUGGUGGUUGAUGGUGGUUACGAGUGUUGGUAG